UUGAUGGAGAAGUAUCUGAGAGAGAACUUCGACGUGGAACCCAAGAGGCCUUCCGCUGAGGCCCUUAGGAGAUGGAGAUCGGAGGUCUCCAUAGUCAAGAAUCGUCGGCGAAGGUUCCGCAUGGUGGCCGAUCUUGCCAAGCGGGACGAAGCGGAAAGAAAGCAUAGGAAACUCCAGGAAAAGUUUCGGAUUGCUAGAUACGUGAAUCAAGCAACAUCGCAGUUCUUUGGCGCUGGGAAGCAAACUCAUUACAAGCUCUACAAAGAGGUUAAGGAUGCUGGUUUUGGCAUUGAACCUGAUAAACUAGCAUCCAUCGUUGAAUCCCAUCAUACCAAUGAUUUGGAGCAUCAUGGAGGAAUACAUGGAUUAGCACGAGAACUCUCUGUGUCUUUGGAUGAUGGUGUUUGUUCUAGCGACAUACCUCUCAGGAAAAACAUCUAUGGUUUAAACCGAUAUGUGGAGAAACCUUCUAAAGGUUUUUGGAUGUUUGUUUGGGAAGCCCUACAAGACUUGACUUUAACUACCCUCAUGGUUUGUGCAGCCAUUUCUGUAGGAGUUGGCAUUGCAACUGAAGGGUGGCCAAAUGGUAUGCACGAUGGGUUAGGAAUAUUACUGUGCAUAUUCCUGGUAGUGAUAGUAACAGCAGUUAGUGAUUAUAAGCAGUCUUUGCAAUUUAAGGACCUGGAAAAAGUGAAAAAAAAUAUAUUUGUUCAAGUCACCAGAGAUGGAUCCAGACAGAAGGUUUCUAUCUAUGAUAUUGUGGCUGGAGAUGUUGUUCAUUUAUCUGUUGGAGAUCAAGUCCCCGCUGAUGGUGUUUUCAUAUCGGGCUACAGCUUGUCAAUCGAUGAAUCAAGUUUGUCAGGUGAGAGUGAGCCAAUGAAUGUACACCAAGGCACGCCUUUUCUUCUUUCAGGCACCAAAGUGCAAGAUGGGUAUGGUAAAAUGUUGGUGACAUCAGUUGGUAUGAGGACUGAAUGGGGAAGAUUAAUGGUUACUCUAAGUGAUGAAGGGGGAGAAGAUGAAACACCACUCCAGGUAAAGCUUUAUGGAGUAGAAACCAUUAUUGGGAAGAUAGGCCUGGCGUUUGCAGUGCUGACCUUUUUAGCUCUGACAGCAAGGCUUUUAGUGGAAAAGUCACUUCACAAUAAGAUCAUGGACUGGUCUGCUAGUGAUGCACUCGAAGUUUUAAAUUACUUUACUAUUGCAGUCACUAUACUAGUUGUUGCAGUUCCGGAGGGACUACCUCUUGCAGUGACACUUAGUCUUGCCUUUGCGACUAAGAAACUGAUGUCUGAUAAAGCACUUGUGAGGCAUCUCUCUGCAUGUGAGACAAUGGGAUGUGCUGGUUGUAUUUGCACAGAUAAAACAGGAACAUUGACAACGAAUGAUAUGGUGGUGAAAAAGGUAUGGAUAUGCCAAAAAUCUAUUGAAAUAUAUAAUAGAAACAAUGAGGAUGUGCUAAAGACCUCAGUAUCGGAGAGUGUGCUUGACGUCUUUCUGCAGUCGAUAUUUCAGAAUACUAGCUCAGAGGUAGUCGAAGGGAAAGACUCAAAGAAAAAUAUCAUAGGCACUCCAACAGAGACGGCACUAAUGGACUUUGGCUUGCUUCUGGGAGGUGAUUUUAAUAGUUAUCGAAUGAAUUACAUGAUAAGCAGGGUUGAGCCUUUCAAUACAGUCAAAAAGAAGAUGUCUGUGCUUCUGGUUCUUCCAGCCCCUGGCCAGUUUCGAGCAUUCUGCAAAGGUGCAUCAGAAAUAGUUUUAGAAAUGUGUGACAAGAUUGUUAAUGCUGAUGGGGAAGCCAUACUACUCUCUACAGAACGUCGAAAGGACAUCACAGAUGUCAUAAAUGGUUUUUCUGGUGAAGCUCUAAGAACUCUAUGCUUGGCCUUCAAGGAUAUAGAAGGCGCUUCCAACAUGGAUAGUAUACCUGAUAAUGGUUAUACCUUCAUAGCUGUUAUUGGAAUUAACGAUCCUGUGCGUCCUGGGGUAAAGGAAGCGGUUAAGACCUGUUUAGCUGCUGGUAUUACCGUGCGGAUGGUCACAGGUGACAAUAUUCAUACUGCUAAAGCCAUAGCUAAAGAAUGUGGUAUCUUGACAGAAGAUGGACUGGCAAUAGAAGGGCCAGAUUUCCGAAAUAAGAGCCCAGAGGAGAUGAAGGAGUUAAUCCCAAAAUUACAGGUAAUGGCUCGAUCACUGCCUUUGGAUAAGCACACCCUAGUAACCCAGUUAAGAAAUGUAUUUGAAGUCGUCGUCGCAGUGACUGGUGAUGGGACGAAUGAUGCUCCCGCAUUGAAUGAGGCAGACAUUGGAAUUGUUAUGGGUAUAGCAGGAACAGAGGUAGCAAAAGAAAAUGCCGAUGUUAUCAUAAUGGAUGAUAACUUCACCACCAUAGUGAAUGUUGCCAGAUGGGGUCGUGCAGUGUAUAUCAACAUUCAAAAGUUUGUACAAUUCCAACUAACAGUUAAUGUUGUUGCUCUCAUGCUCAACUUAAUCUGUGCAUGCAUCUCGGGUUCUUCUCCUCUAACAUCCGUACAAAUGCUUUGGGUGAACUUGAUCAUGUACACUCCUGGUGCAUUGGCGCUGGCUACAGAACCUCCAAAUGAUGCGCUGAUGAAAAGACCCCCAAUUGGGAGGAAUGUAAAUUUCUUUACAUGGACCAUGCGGAGGAAUAUUAUAUGUCAGAGCAUCUACCAAAUCCUCGUUCUCUUGAUUCUCAAAUUUGAUGGGAAGCGGCUUCUGAAGCUCACUGGCUCAGAUGCUAACUCCAUUCUCAACACAUUCAUAUUCAACUCCUUUGUAUUUUGCCAGGUAUUCAACGAGAUAAACAGCCGUGACAUGGAGCAGAUCAAUGUUUUCCGUGGCAUCUUCAAGAGUUGGGUUUUCUUGAUUGUCAUGGUAUUUACUAUAGGUUUCCAAAUCAUAAUAGUCGAAUUUUUAGGCACUUUUGCUGAAACAGUGCCACUUAGCUGGGAAUUGUGGUUAGCCAGCAUCUUAAUUGGAGCUGCAAGUUUAAUUGUCGCUGUUAUUAUAAAGAGCAUUCCUGUGGGAACAAGCGAGCACACUGUGCAGCAUUAUGAUUGUUAUCAACCGCUCUCUUUUGGUCCAGAGCUGGCAUGA